AGUAACUUGGAGCGGUGGUUAGAACCUCUAAAGUGGUACAAAACUGUAUCGAUAUGUUUUGAAAACAUUCAGUGAAUAAACAUGUGAAGCUUGUGUGGAUUACUGGACAUUGUGGUUAGCAAAAAGUGUCACGAUCUUCUCAAUUCCCGUAUCCGAUGGAUACAUCAAAAGUUUAAUGAAUAAAGAUCUGGAAACCACCAGCAAAACCCUCUUCAGAGGACAAUCCAAAGUUUUGGAAGGCAGUCUCAUUCAGCUCAUAAGAAAUCAACUGAGGCUGAUCAGCCAAGGACCUCAAGACGAUGGGCAUCUCGGAAGAUAUUCAAUUUCCAAGAUGCACAAUUGUCCUUUAUACGAAACCGGGACAAUGAGUCAAUUGCUGAGCAGCUGGUUCAAUCAGAAUUCAAUUACAAUCCAAUGUAGAAGUGAGGUUUCUGAAAGACCCAGCUUCAAUUGAUCCGUCACCUACUUACCGAAUGGAUUGAGAUCUUUGGUUCUUGGUUGGUUAAUAAUUAACAACAAAAGUUAUGAAAGGAGGUUCCGAUAAGUUAUUUCUUCUCCACAUUCACACGGUAAAUGCUUCUGCGAGAAUUAUGGUGUUGAAGAAUGCUAAUUCUGUUAGAAUCAGGGAUCCGUUCUACUAAAUAAUAAAUGCUAAACAACUCGUGAGACAUUUGGCCAACCCUGCAGAGGAUCAACUCCUAUAUCAGGGCCACUACAGCAAACACACUAAAUCAAUAGGGGAAUUUCUGUUUUGAAACAUAAAUAUUUUAAUCUGGGGAUGUAAAUUCGGCUAAAUUAAUUACCCGACCUACGGUUACAUGAAGGUCGAUUUGAAUCCACUGAUAAAUUUGACCAAAAAGUGUCACAGGUACAGAAGGAAGGCGAACACCUGCGAACACCACGAAAGGUGGAGAUUUUGUCAAUAUUGGUAUCGAUUUAAUAUGGAUACAAAAUGUAAAAAUUUUUAUCUGUAUUAUUCUGCUUUAACAGCAAGCAUAAUGUCUAUGGCGACAGGAUGUAAACAAGUAUGGAACUCGCCGGUAUUACCAAAACUUAUGUCAAACGACACGUCAAUCAACCCUCUUGGAAUACCUAUAAGCGUGCUACAAGUUUCUCUAUUGACUGCUCUAAAUCCGAUAGGAAUAAUUAUGGGUACUGUCCUCAUAGGAAAAUUACCAGAUAUAAUUGGAAGAAAGAAAACUUUGAUUCUGAUAACCACAGGGGGAAUGGUAUCUUUUAUAGGUUUAUAUUUCGCUAGAUAUCUUUAUCAAUAUAUUAUAUUACUUUUAUUAAUGUCGACAAAUGUAUCGGCAGUAAUUAUAGUAGCACCGAUUUAUACAGCCGAAAUCGCCGAGGAUUGUAAUCGGGGUAAUUUGGGGAGCUUGAUGACUUUCUGGGCAGUUCUAGGUCAACUUUACGGGUACGUUAUAGGUGCCGUGACUACGGUUAAUACUUUUUUUUUAUUAUGUGCCUUACCUUCCUUCAUCGUAUUGAUAAUGUCCAUAUUCAUACCGGAAUCUCCGAUUUAUCUUUCGAUGAAAGGAGAUAAGAUUGGGGGUAUGCGCGUUUUAAAGACAUUACGUCGAUCGAAAACUAUGAGUGAUAUAGAGACGGAAUUUUAUGAGAAAGAGCAUGUUUUGAACGAUAAGAAGAAGAAUGAACAUAUAAGUUUGAAGAGUUUCUGCGUUAGUCGUUCGGUGAGGAAAGCGUUGAUUCUGUCGAUAGCUACUAGAUGUCUUUCCGAUCUGUCAGGUUUAACUAUAGUUUUAUCUUUUAUGGCGACGCUUUUAAACGACGCUCAAACUAAUAUAUCUGGUGAUAAUUUAGCAAUUAUUGUUAUGGUCAUCAAAAUUUUAGCUUCGAUUGUAACUAUUUUUGUUAUAGAAAAAGCUGGGCGUAGAAUUUUGAUUCUCUCGAGUGCUUUGGUAUGCGGUACUUCGAUGUUUGUAUUAGGUCUUUAUUUUUAUUUCAAAAUUAAUAAUUAUCUAUUGCAUCGAUCGCUUGGUUUGAUACCAAUAAUUGCGAUCGUAUGUUUUCUUUCUAGUUAUAGUUUCGGUCUUAGCGCGGUGCCGUGUGUACUGCGAGCCGAGCUGCUACCUAACGAAUUGAGAGCAAUUGGGAGCAGUAUAGCUCAAUUCAUCGGUACGGCGGCUCUUAUAGCCGUUUCGUUUGCUUAUCCAUUGGUUUCUACUUAUUUGGGGGUACACUAUAAUAUGUUCACUUUCAGUUUAUUCUGUUUUACUGGUUUCACUUUCUUAUUUUUUCAUUUACCUGAAACGAAAGGAAAAAGUUUUGCUGAAAUUAGGAAUUUGUUGAAAUAAUUUGUAUGUAAUAAUGUCCCUGGAUAAGCGAAACGACUCUCGAAUAAGAUAUAUGCAUCGAAUACAGUUCUUUUCUCACUGAACCUGGAUGAAACUUAAUAUCCCGAAUUUUGUGAAUCUUUUUUAACCGUUUGGUUGUGGGCAAUUUGUUGCAGUAUCUAUUAUUGUUAUACAGCUCUGAGGUAGAAGAUCUAUCAUCAUAUAUCUCAACAAAACCGUUUGAAUUAUCGAAAUGUACUAUUAUCAAUGUACGCAGCUUUCCUGAAGGUGGAUUUAAACCAGCAGAUAAAUUAUAUGAAAAAGCAUUGGCAGCGUGGCAAGAAUUUUGUCUACUAUCGAAAUAUUCUUUUCUCAAGAAGAACGCAUGUACUUUCUUUUUUCCGAAUGAUUUUCCAUUUGAAAUUUUGGUUUUCCUGGAGCUUUACGUGGUUUUCCUGCUGUUUGAAAUCAGCCGCAUUCUACUCUUUGUCUAAUGUUUAUCUGUAAAAUAUUUGAAACAAUUAAAUAUCAUGUUCUAUCAUUAAGUGUUGAAGGAUCGAUUUUUCUUUCUUUAUUUCUAGAUACACGGGACUUUUGGUCCAUCUAAACAUUUUUCUAUUAUUCUGUACAUCUUAAGGUCAUGGAAGAUCAAUAAAGCCCAGGAAAUUUGUAUUAGCUCAGGUAUAUUUAUGAAAAUUAGUUCCUCCUACAUAAAAAUGAACUAUUUUUUCAAUAGAUUUUCGGAAUUACCUAAAAACUGCAUGUACUCGUUCCCCAAAAGAAAAACAGAACUGCAACGACUUGUAAAUUGGUUUUACUUAAGUUUGUAAUCAUGUUUCAAUUUCUGAGUAACAUUUUACGAUCUGCAUCAGCUUCAUCAUGAGGUUUUAUAUAUUUUUUCUUAUAACAAAUGCCCUCUGUUGAAAGAAACCUUUUGAUCAAAUGUAAAAAAGUUUAUAUUCGAUAACAUUGAAGGCAUUCUGAGUAUCAUCAUCAUUCAGCUCAACUGAAUUUAUCUUUGUCAAUUCUAUGCGUCUUUCGUGUUGUUUGAUCGCAUUCUGUUGAUAUCCUCAAACCCUAAGGCCCCCACUCAACAUUUUCUUUGUCCAGAGUCCAUUCGUAAACCUAGUAACUUGACCAGUUCCAUUUUAAAUUUGUUCACUAAAUCGCAUCAGUUGAACCUGAUAUUUGUCUAGAUGGUUUAUACAAAACUAUGUCUGGAAGGAAAAAAUUUUUCUAGUUGUUUUUGUGCAAUGCUUAUUUCUAUGUUUUAUAAUAAAUGAGACAAAUUAUUUAAAUUUAGUUAUUAGUAAAUCCGGUCAAUUUAGACAUUCGAAUCUACAUCCUCCAAGCUGAAAAUCAGCAAAAUUGUUUCAAAAUUUAUUCAAUCAAAAAUAUGAGUUUUUCGCAAUUUUCAGCAAAACGCUGAGUUUUAUCUUAAAAAUACCUUAAACAAAAAUUGUAAAUCAUAAAAUUAUCUACAAAAAACGUAUCAAUAAUUUUUUUCCUACGAGCCACCGUUUCUGAGAUACAAUGAUUCAAAAAGUUGUAAAAGUUGUCGUAUUUAAUAUUUUCAGCAGUAAACUUUUCUUACAACAUUGAAAUGAACCGAGAAAUGUGAGUUUUUGUAUGAAAUUUCUGUUGACUGGUGGAAACUGUCAAGUUCAUCAAAUAAAUUAUCAAAUGACGAAGAUGUUGAUAAAGUUCGAGGAUGUUAAAUCUGAAACAUAUAACUUAUACAACUUUUUGAAUCGUUAUAUCUCAGAAACGGUAGCUCGUAAGAAAAAAAGUAUUAAUACGUUUUUUGUAGAAAAUUUUAUGAUCGACAAUUUUUGUUUGAGAUAUUUUUAUGAUAAAACUCACCGUUUUGCUGAUAAAUGCGAAAAACUCAUUUUUUUGACCUCGAAUAAAAUUUUUUUCACGUAAAUGAUGUGGAACAUUCAAAUUUUAUUUUCAUUUGUAUAUUAAACAAUUUACUGAUUUUCAGCUUGAUGCGAAUUUAUGUAUCUCACUCUUAUUUUUUGGUCUAAUUUGACCGGACUAUUUGUUGAUUCGAAAUCCUCAGUUUCUUAUCUUAACCACGUUUGACUUAAAAGUCAUUUCAAGAGUUUUUUUAUAUCGACUUUUGAAUAUAAUAUUUAUAGAAAUAUGUUAAGAACAAAAAUUAGUAUUUUAUUUUUUGUUUCA